UUAGAAACGUAUGGGGUACCCGCAAAGCUACGAACAUUGCUUGAAGAGAUAAACUACUCAACACCUAAGUUACCCGAAAAUCAAGCAAUGGACGAAUCCCGUUUCAACUCCAAGAAUAAGUUCAUGGAUAAACAUCAUCUACAGGAUCUCAGUCCUUUAAGGAAUCUACCAGAUGCUACCGUCACCGGAAACAAAGGUUUUCUAAGUCAACAACCCUCAAUUUCUUACGCCGAUGACCCCAUCUUCUACGGAGACACUCCAUUCCACAUCCAUGAUGACAAAUCAAUGGGAAUAGAACUCGCUCCAGAAAAGUCUGGCUGGGUAAAAUACGACAACAAGUGA